AUGAUAUUCAGGAGAAAGUUCCCCAAAGUCCUCUGCAUUGGUCUGGCUCUGGUCAUUGCCAUCAAUCUCCUUCUGGCAUUUUAUACCAAGGGGACUUUACAAAACUUGGUUCUGGGUGGUCUCCAGAGGGAGCUUCAUUUGCCUCUGUCUGAGUGGAACAGGGCUGUGAUAAAGAGACUCUCUCAGCUGGAGGUGAAUUUGCAGCAUCUGGAAGAAAGUAUGAAAUUGGCUAUGAAACAAGAAGAAAAUGUGAACAACACAAUACAGAAAGUGAAAGAUGAAGUACACCCUGUCCAAAAGGUGGCGAAAGCCAAGACAAGUGACACGGAGAAGCACAAAUCCCCAAAGAAACUCUUCCCAAACUCGCAGCUUUUCAAGCAGUGGGGUGAGGAUCUUCCUGAGGCCCAGCAGCAAGUGGCCCAGGAUCUCUUCCAGAAGUUUGGUUACAACGCGUACCUCAGUAACCAGCUUCCACUCAAUCGCACCAUCCCUGACACGCGGCAUUCCAGGUGUCUUCAGAAGACAUAUUCUGCACAACUCCCAUCCCUCAGUGUCGUUCUCAUAUUCAUGAACGAAGCUCUGUCCAUUAUUCAGCGGGCUGUCACCAGCGUCAUCAACCGCACCCCCUCUCAGGUGCUGAAGGAGAUCAUCUUGGUGGAUGACUUUAGCUCAAAUGGAGAACUAAAGGUGCUCUUGGAUGAGAAGAUUAAGCUUCACAACCAGAAGUAUCCAGGACUACUGAGAAUAGUACGGCACUCUGAGAGGAAAGGCCUUGCUCAGGCACGCAACAGCGGCUGGGGAGCUGCCAGGGCGGACGUGGUUGCCAUCUUGGAUGCUCACAUUGAAGUGAACGUUGGGUGCAAACUAAAUAAGUAUGAACUGGCAGUUGAUGGAUUUAACUGGGAACUAUGGUGUCGCUACGAUUCAUUGCCAAAAGCCUGGGUUGAUCUGCGUGAUGUCACUGCUCCAGUAAAGAGUCCUUCCAUCAUGGGCAUCCUGGCUGCCAACAGGAUCUUCUUGGGAGAGAUCGGGUCUCUGGAUGGUGGGAUGUUGACCUAUGGAGGAGAGAAUGUAGAACUUAGCCUGAGAGUGUGGCAGUGUGGAGGGAAGAUUGAGGUCUUACCCUGCUCCCGGGUUGCUCACCUAGAGAGAUACCACAAGCCCUAUGCCUUGGAUCUGAGCCCUUUCAUGAAGCGCAAUGCACUGCGAGUGGCUGAAAUCUGGAUGGAUGAGCACAAACACAUGGUCUACUUGGCCUGGAACAUACCUCUCCAGAACUCUGGAAUCGACUAUGGAGACAUUUCUUCCAGAGUGGCGCUCCGGGAGAAACUGAAAUGUAAAACUUUUGACUGGUACCUGAAAAAUGUUUAUCCAAUUCUGAAGCCAAUCCACAGCAUCGUGGGCUAUGGAAGAAUGAAAAACACACUGGAUAAAAAUGUCUGCCUGGAUCGAGGACCUGUUCCAGCCAGCACCCCCAUCAUGUAUCCCUGCCACAAAUACAAUGCUCAGAACGUCUACUACCACCUAACUGGGGAGUUCUAUAUAGGACAACUGAUUGCAGAGGCAAAUACUGAUGAUCACUGCCUGACGGACCCUGGCUCUGGGGAGAAGCCCACUUUAGAGCCAUGUUCCAUGGCAGCUAGGAACGGACUGCACAUAUAUUGGGAUUUUAAACAGGGAGGAGCUGUCGUAAACAGGAGCACCCGACGGUGUCUGGAGAUGAGGAACACCUCAGGUGCUUUCGUGCUUGUGCUCCAGACCUGCACCACACAGGUGUGGGAAAUACAGUACACCGUCAGCGACUGGGGGUCAUACUAA